AUGCUAGCGCGCGGCGCCAAAAGCCUCAGGGCCUCGUCGCUGCGGCCGGCGGGGCUUCGGUUGGCGUCGGGCGUCCCGGCCCGCACGCCCGAGCAGACCGAGCACCUCGAGAAGCUCGCCGAGGAGCACAACGGCUUCCUGUUCGGCGAAGUGCCACCACCUCCCGGCGAGAAGAGGAAGAAGGAGGACUGGGAGUACUACUACCCGCCCCUGAUGACGUCUGCGCUGGCCCUGUUCCUCUUCACGUGGCUCAACCAGCCGCUCUCUAGCGUCGAGGACGAUGUCAU